AUGGCGUCAGCAUUCCAUGGAGCCGUCAUCCACUCGCUUGGCCCAAACCAAGUUGAGAUACUUGACAGCGCCGGAAUCAUUGUUGGAUCUGAUGGACUAAUUUCUGAGUUCUACACCCAAAUAUCCAUCGAAGAGCUGUCCGCAAAGCUGCCCGGCGAUCAAAAAGUCAAGGUUCUUGCCAAAGGCCAAUUCAUAUCCCCUGGUUUCAUCGACACGCACAACCACGCUCCGCAAUGGGCAAUGAGAGGCCAAGGGCAGGGCCUUCAUAUCCUGGACUGGCUUGAUCAAGUCACAUUUCCCCACGAAGCUCGCUUCUCCGACCCUACAUACGCCCGCAAGGUCUACGAGAGCUGCGUUAAGGGCUUCCUCAAGCAAGGCAUUACGACCGCUUCCUACUACGGGUCAAAACACGCCGAGGCAACAAAGAUUUUGGCCGACAUCUGCCAUAAGCUGAACCAGCGGGCCUUCGUAGGAAAGUGUAACAUGGAUCGUAACGCUCCAAGCUACCUCCAUGAUGAAUCAGCUGAAUCGUCUCUGAAGGAAACGGAGGAAUGCGUCAAACACAUUCGACAGAUUGACCCGACCGGACAGCUGAUUCGCCCUGUCUUGACUCCCAGAUUCGCUAUUUGUUGCACCCCCGACUUGCUCGAAGGUCUGGGUCAGAUGGCAUCCCAAGACCCAGAGCUAGCGAUUCAAACGCAUUUCAAUGAAGCCGAGCAGGAGAUCAAGGCGACAAGAGAGCUGUUCCCACAGUUUUCCAGCGAGGCAGACCUCUACCAACACUAUGGUCUCCUGAACCAGCGUUCAAUUCUUGCACAUUGCACCUUCAUGACAGACUACGAGAUGGACAGGGUCAAGGAGCUUCAGUGCGGUGUUGCACACUGCCCCAUUUCGAACAUGACAGUUGGAGGAGGCUUCAUGGCUGCCUCCAUACGUCAGUUUCUGACCAAGGGGAUCAAGGUUGGCCUUGGAACCGACAGCGGUGGCGGAUUUUCGUCAAGCAUGCUCGACAGCGUCCGUCAGGCAAUCAUAGCUUCCAACGCACGCGAGGUCAUGUCAGGCGGCAAAGACAAGGCGCUGUCUCUAGACGAGGUUUUCUACCUUUCGACUCUCGGUGGAGCUCAGGUGUGUUGUCUCGAAGACAAGGUUGGAAACUUCGCCAUCGGCAAAGCGUUUGACGCGAUACUGGUUACAAGCUCCCUUGAUGAAGCAUUUGGGGUCAUGACAGUCCGAGAAGAGACAGACAGCCUUCGGACAGUGUUUGAGAAGUUUUUGAUGACUGGAGAUGAUCGUAAUAUUGCUCAAGUGUACGUGCAGGGCAGGCUUGUGAAGGACACAUUAUAG